UCUUACUUAGUCGGUGGUAUUGUGGCAAAUACUAAGAGUAAUAUAUUACCUAUUAGACAAAAUUCUUUCUCUGUGGUGGUUCAGACCUUGGUUGGACAAAGAAUACGAAUUUCAGACCUUAGCUGCAACAUUACUAUCCGAGAAUUAAAGAAAAAAAUUCAAAAGAACGUAAAAUUUGCACCCUAUAACCAACGGUUGGUAUUCAAUGGUCAAGAGCUUUCGAAUAUCGCGAGUCUUGGAUCGUAUGAGAUUAGCAUGAACAGUAUUAUAUACAUGGAAAUUAAACCACAUGACUCUUACAACAAAGUCAAAUUCAUUAUAUUAGAUUUAAUCGAUCCUGAAUAUCAAUUUUAUUUCAACAAAUAUGUUAAUGAUGUGAUAAUUAUAAGCAAAGAUUUUCUGCUAACACAGGGAUGGAAACAAGUCUUGCUUAAAGUUCCAAACAAACAAAUAACAAUAAAUAAUGAAAAGAUUAAUGAUUUACCAGAAGUUGGAAAAAAGAAAUGGAAAAUUUCUUAUCAUGGUACAGCUAAAUAUUUACAUCGCUCAAUCGCAGAAGAUGGAUAUUUAUCCGGAAAAAAAUAUCAACAAUUUAAUUUCAGCCAUGGUAUUUAUACGACUCCUAAUAUUGAAAUCGCCUCGUUAUACGCAAAAACUUUUACGUACAAUGGAGUAAAAUUUAAAGUAUUGUUUCAAAAUCUUGUUAAUACAAAUACCUUGGGUAGAAUUCGAACAUACUCUGGUGAAUAUUGGGUUUCACCAAGUGAAAAUGAUAUUCGACCAUUUGGAUUUCUUGUAAAAAAAGUUGAUUUUUUAUGA